AUAGCAUAUUCCCAAAUAUCGCAAAGAAAAUCGUGCUCUGAAAAACCUAGAUUUAUUGAAAGACGAAGAAGAAGAAAAUGGCGGAAGAAAAAGUGAUCGCCUGCCACUCCGUCGCCGCCUGGACCGAGCACCUCGAGAAGAGCAACGUCGACAAGAAACUGAUUGUGGUCGACUUCACGGCUACAUGGUGUGGACCUUGCCGGUUCAUUGCACCCAUCUUCGCGGAGUUGGCUAGGAAGAACCCGGAAGUGACAUUCCUAAAGGUGGACGUGGAUGAGUUGAAGACUGUUAGUGAGGAGUGGGGCGUGGAGGCAAUGCCGACCUUCUUGUUCCUCAAGGAAGGCAAGGUAGUUGACAAGGUUGUGGGUGCUAAGAAAGAAGAGUUACAGCUCAAAGUUGUGAAGCAUGCCGCUCCAGCUGAUGUUCCAGCUGAUGUCGCAACUGCUUCUGCUUAGCUUUUCGCACUCACUUUCGGGAAUGUGAACCUCCUACUAUGCUUUACUACUUGUUUAUAACUUUUAUGGGUUCCUGAAGACAUGAAUGUUUUAUGUAUAUAUGAUUACAUGUACCUAUAUGAUGAUGCCUUGAAUCUACUAUCUAUGAAUAAGAAUUUCAAUGAUAAGAUAUUAUGAUAUA